GUCUGUGGUUGGUGGGGGUCGGCGAUGUGUCCGACAGAGGCGGGAGAGGGGGCUUGAAGGCGGGGCGCUACAAUGUGCCGUUCGGUCAGAAGUUGCUGAAGACGGACGCAUUAGACUUGCGGAUCGCCAGAGCUAAAUUGAAAUAGAGUCUUCUCUCUCCUCCACAGAGACAGCGAUCAUGAGAGUCCUCCUACUGCUCUCCAUGCCAGUCCUCCUGCUAGCUCAGCCCCCCCUCUACCAAGAACCAUUUCCUUUCCUGGAGGACUAUGGCCCUGAUUAUUUCCCAGAUAAUCCUGACACGGAUGUCCAGCAGCAGAUUCUGUCACAGGUUCCCCAAACGUUCCCUGGUCCCGAACGUCCUGGUCUGUCUGAGCAAGAGACAGAGCCCACAGAACCUGGCCCCCUAGAUUGUCGAGAGGAGCAGUACCCCUGCACCAGACUCUACUCUGUUCACAAACCAUGCAAACAGUGUCUGAAUAGCCUCUGCUUCUACAGCUUGCGAAGGGUGUAUGUGGUCAACAAGGAGGUGUGUGUCAGGACCGUGUGUGCACAUGAAGAGCUGCUAAGAGCUGACAUGUGCCGUGACCAGUUCUCUCGUUGUGGUGUAGCGGCGGUGAGUGGCCAGUGUGGGUCACUGGGGAGCAGCUGUGGGAAGAGCUGUGGAGGCUGUUGAGAACAUGGGACACAUCAGAGAACACCAGCCCAAAUACUGCCACAUCUCUAGGGUCCACAUCCCACCUCCUUCCCAUCCCAUUUUCUGUUUAAUCUUUGACUGUAUCCACUUUGGUACAAAAGAACUCCCAUGUUUCUUCUCUUUUCAUCUCUCCUCCCUUUCAGAAUUCCAUACAUAAUGAGAAGUGGGAUCAGUAGAACGUGUGUAUGGAUAAAUAUAUAUUCUUUUAUACUCAACAGAACAUUGAUGACUGUAUAAUGUCACUGGUGCUAUAAAAUCACUACCACACUGGUGCUAAGGAAUGGAAAUCAGCAAUCAGAGGCACAUAAAAAAGCAACAUUUUUAUCUUGUUUUUUAUGCCUAAUCUUAUCCUAUAUUCUAAAUCAUUGUGUGAUGUUUGUUGUUGUUUACUAUACCUGUGUUGAAAAGCAGUCAUAGUAAUGAGGGGACAGCCAGAGUGACAGCUACUGCUUACUGACCUCAACAACAGAGGCAUUAGCAAAACUCAAUCAUCCAUAACCAUCCCACUGCCUUGGCACUGACUGGGUGGCAAGCAGCGAAAAUCAGACUUGAAGAGACGGGUGCUGACCCCUGACCUCUCGAGUGUUAUUGUGUAACAUGGUCAAGGUGACUAGAGCUACAGUGGCUGGUGACCUUGCAGUGAGUGCAUAGGUUCACAUAUCAGUGGCAAGAAGUGCUUUGAAAUGCGGCUCACAAAUUGUUACUGUACUACUGCUUUGUAAAACCCUUUCACUAUACUGGAGAAAAAAAUACAGGUUUUUUACUACAACUUUA